GGCGUACACGAACACAGCGCACAACACGACGACCGACACGACUUCACAACCAGAGUGGUAAUAGUGUCAAGGCAGAAAGACCGUACCGCUACCCAGCGCCUCAACUCUCGUGUUUGAACCGGAUUCUGCUGUCGCCGACCUUUCAAUCUGUCUACCGAUCUGAAGGCUCUAAGUGCUGUCAUCACUUCUGCAUCCACCCACUCCUCUUGUGUAAUCUUGUGUGAUCUCAAGGCAUGGAUGUCACGGUGCGCCUUGGCAGGAUAAAAUAUUGUAAUCCGAAUUGAGUAGGCUACAGUCUGAGAGGAUAUAGCACUGGUUUACACAAUCAACUAACUUGACAUUCAAGUUGCAGAGGAAAGUGUAGCCUAGUGCAAUUAAGCUGUGAAAAGUGGAAACCGACCUGACCGUAACUGCAACGGAUAUGUUUUGACUGGUGAGGGUCCGAUUUCGGAAUGAAGGCGGCGGUACAGACAGGGAGACGGCGGCCCUUCCAGCGGUUCUGCUGCUGUGGAGUUGGGCUUCUCGCGGUCAUUUGGCUCGCACAGGUCGCGCACGUGACAGAGCCGGAGUCGUCCGGGUCUCAGCCAGAAGAGGGGGGUGUUUCAGUUCGUUCCAGACGCAGGCUGAUGCAAGAGGAGCGGACAGAAGACAACCAGACACUGGACCUUCCUAGACCAGGUGUGUUCAUCACUAAAGGAGACGUGGGGGUCGGCACCAUCGUGGGUUCAGCUGUCUUCAACAUCCUGGUCAUCAUUGGUGUUUGUGGCAUCUUUGCGGGCCAGACGGUGGUUCUGACGUGGUGGUCUCUGUUCAGGGACUCCACCUACUACAUCUUCUCUGUGCUGGCUCUCAUCCUGGUUAUAUACGAUGCAAAAGUUGUCUGGUGGGAGGCCGUGCUCCUAAUGACCAUGUAUGGAGUUUACAUUCUUAUCAUGAAGUUCAACUCCCAGAUCAGGGGAUGUGUGCAACGUCGGUUUGGGGGCCCGGGUCAGUGCUGCCUUGUCAGUGAGGGACUCAGAGACGAGGAGAUGGCAGAGGACGGACUCACCUGUAACACCAACAUGGUGCUGCUCAGGAAAGGACAACCCCAGGGUCAGGAGUCUCCUCCGGUGGUGAUGGUGGACGAGCUCCUGAUCCUCAACCCCCACCAGCUGUCCUUCUCCGAGGCCGGCCUGCGCAUAAUGAUCAGCCCCCACUUCUCCCCUCGCACCAGGCUCACCAUGGCAGGCCGUGUGCUCAUCAGUGAGAGACAGAGAUUGAUCAGGAGUCCCAACAGCCAGCUGGACGGGGAGGCCAGCCCAGCGGCAGGGGGCACCCCUCUAAAGGGGUUGGGCUCUGGAGGUCUGGAGAAUGGGGGCAGUGUGGAGAAGCAGAUCCCUGACAGGGCCAGGGUAGGGGAUGCAGGGGCAGAGAAGCCAGGAGCGGAGGGCUGUCACACUGAGGAAGAGGAGGAUGAUGAUGAUGGGCCAUUCAGGCCUCUGCAUUGGCCAGGGGGUUGCUGUGCGCGGGUCAAGUGGCUGAUCUCGUGGCCCCUGGGCCUGCUGCUGUACUGCACUGUGCCUAACUGUGUGUACCCACGCUGGCACCGCUGGUUCAUGGUCACCUUCGUGGCCUCCACCCUGUGGAUAGCCAUCUUCUCCUACCUCAUGGUGUGGAUGGUCACCAUCAUCAGCUACACACUAGACAUCCCAGACUACAUCAUGGGCAUCACCUUCCUGGCAGCGGGCACCAGUGUGCCAGACUGCAUGGCCAGCCUCAUUGUAGCUCGGCAAGGUUUGGGGGACAUGGCGGUGUCUAACUCCAUUGGCAGUAAUAUCUUUGACAUCCUGUUGGGGCUGGGUUUUCCCUGGGCUCUGCGCACUCUGGUGGUGGACAACGGAUCAUUGGUCUACAUCAAUAACAAGGGCCUGGUGUAUUCUGUCGUCCUGCUGCUGGCCUCUGUCUUCCUCACAGUCAUGAGUGUCCAUCUGAACCACUGGAAGCUGGACCGCCGUCUGGGCCUGGGGCUGAUAUUACUCUAUGCCAUCUUCCUGCUCUGCUCCAUCUUCUUUGGGCAGAUGUGAGGCUGACGCUGGGGUCGAAUGUCAACCCUGAUUUGCCUUCCUGUCAGCUGCCACGUCCAGGAGUCCUCUGUCUCCCUGAGAUACUCUGUCCUAAAGCCAAAAAAAACAGCCUCAGCUACAUCAUGCUACAGUUAACAUGUGAUGUUCCACAAACAGGAUAUCCUUGGGUGACAUUGUACACAAAUACACACACACGUUUUACUAUCCUUGUGGGGACCUAAAAUUUUCCCUAACCCUUGCCCUAAUCCUAAAUAGCCUUUGUCCACAAGGGAGAAUUUUCCUUGUGGGGACUUCCGGAUAGUUUCAGUCUCUCUCUCUCAGUCUCUCUCUCUCUGUCUCUCAGUGGUGACUCUUGGGGAUUUUAAGGUCCCCUCAAGGAUAGAAGAACCUACUCACAUGCACACACACGCACACACACAGCAGUCUUUUCUAUAGCACAAACCUUUUUCUUCCGAAGUUUGGUGUUUUAAUACGUAGCAACACCUAAUGUUCAGCAGUGACCAAUGGAAAAAUAAUACAGUAGACUAAUCCUCGUUUCUUGACCUUACGUUUGGAACGCCCGUGUUUGUUUUCAAUGUAUGACCUAGCUGACAUUACGUUGUUGUGUGGUGAUACAGUGUGUACAUUUGUGCAAAUGUUUAGCAGUGCUGGGGUACAGUGGAGCAUAGAACUGUCAGUAAGGUACUAUGAACGAAGCAAUAAGAAAAAUGGACGUUGUUAACGUAUCAUAGACUUAUAAUAGAAGAAGUAUUCGUAAGAGAUGCAGAUUAUGUGACUAGAAUUUGUAAAGUGACUGACCGAGUUCCUCCAAAGAGGAUUCAUUAAUCAUGUUUUGCCUCACAACAUGUACUGUUACAAACUAAGUAAAUAAUAGGCUAACGUGAAAUCUACGAUUUUAGCAUUUUUAGAAGUGUUAUUACUAUUGACUACAUGUUUCUAUGAGUGUCACAACCUUUGAUAUCAUGCGUACGGGUCUGUUGUAAUAGUUCACUACGUUUAGGGACGAUCAGUGUUUGUAUUACUGUACAAUGAUUAUUAGGUCUACAAGACCCUACUUUUUACUGUUUCUAAAUGUUUACUAAAUAUUUUACAUAGUUUUACAAAAAAUUUACGUCAGACAGACUAGAUUUGUGGUGUUUUUGAUAUAAGCACUAAAUAACAUAUUCUUCCCAUGAUAUUUGUGAGAAUAUCAUAUACUGUAACUGAAAAAUGAAGUAUAUUUUUGUCACUUUGUAAAGUGAUACUAAAUAAGACUGACACUUCAGAUCAGCACAGUCCACCUAUAUCUGAUGAAAGGAGAAUGAGGUUAUAUUGAAUUGUAUCACUUUCUAAGCCACUAUUCUAUUUAAGCCAGCUAAGAUCCUUUUUAGCACUGAACCGCCUUGAUUUAGUAUCUUUAUUUAUUAUUUCCAAGAGAUUUUAUAUAUUUCUUUUGUCAAGUGCUUGUGAUUACAAUACUUUAUACUAUUUUGCAGAGCAAACCAUUUUCUCAAAAACGUAUAGGUAUUUAUUUACAGCAUGAAUAUGAUUUCCUGAAAUAAUUUAGAUUUCAGAUCAGAUCAAAUGACUCAAACUUUUUGCCAAAUGAAAGGACUGCAGAAUACAUUCUUUAUGUGAUCAAACUAUUGCACUGAACGAAAACAUAAAUGCAACAUGCAACAAUUUCAAAGAAUGUACUGAGUUACAGUUUAUAUAAGGAAAUUGAAAUAAAUUCAUUAGGCCCUAAUCAAUGGAUUUCACAUGAAUGGGCAGGGGCACAGCCAUGGGUGGGCCUGGGAGGGCAUAGGCCCAACCACUUGGGAGUCUGGCCCACCUACUGAGGAGCCAGGCCCAGCCAAUCAGUAUAUGCUUUUCCCCACAAAAGGGCUUUAUUACAGACAGGAGUACUCCUCAGUUUCAUCAGUUGUCUGGGUGGCUGGUCUCAGACGAUCCUACAGGUGAAGAAGCCGGAUUUGGAGAUCUUGGGCUGGCAUGGUUACACGUGCUCUGCGGUUGUGAGGCCGGUUGGAUGUACUCCCAAAUUCUCUAAAGCGACGAUGGAGGUGGCUUAUGGUAGAGAAAUGAACAUUCAAUUCUCUGGCAACAGCUCUGGUGGACAUUCCUGCAGUCAGCAUGCCAAUUGCACGCUCCCUCAAAACUUGAGACAUCUGUGGCAUUGUGUUGUGUGACAGAGUGGCCUUUUAUUGUCCCCAGCACAAGGUGCCCAUGUGUAAUGAUCAUGCUGUUUAAUCAGCUUCUUGAUAUGCCACACCUGUUAGGUGGAUGUAUUAUUUUCGCAAAGCAGAAAUGCUCACUAAUAGGGAUGUAAUCAAAUUUGUUUUCAAAAUUUGAGAGAAAUACGCUUUUUGUGCGUAUGGAACAUUUCUGGGAUCUUUAAUUUCAGCUCAUGAAACAUGGGACCAACACUUAACAUGUUGCAAUUAUAUUUUUGUUCAGUAUAGUUCUGCUUUUUGAUUUCAGCCACUCAACAUUUUUUACAUUUCAAAUAAGGAGUAGAGGAGUAGAGACUGUUGAGUUGUACAGGCUGGUUGCUGGUGCUGCUAAGUAUCCCAGGUUUAGUCACCUGUCGUAUGUCCAGGGUAGUCCUUUAUUAAGUACCUACUGAGAUAGGAAGACCACCAAGGAGUCCCCACUACCAACCAACCAGUCAUAAAUCCUGCCUCUGUUAGCAGUUCAGGUCAGAGCACCAAAUAAAACCCUGAUUUAGUUCUCACAUGGAAGAUCUGUGUAUGAAGUGUUGUUCCUCAAUGUUUUAUUCUGUUAGGUUGGAGCCGCCAGAUAUUCCAGCACUGAGAUUCGUUACUUUAGACAUGAUCUCUGAUCAUUGAGAACUUUUGUAUGUUGUUGAGUGCAAUAAAUAAAAUCUGUGCAAUAACAA